AUGAGAAUCUCGAAAGACGUACCCAGCCAAGAUGCCAGCGCCGACCGCACCGCCAUCAUCGGCGGCCGCAGCACCGACAAAUACCGCUUCACAGUGAUCGCCGAGGGCCUGCUACGCUACGAGUGGGCGCCGGACAGCGAGUUCGAAGACCGCCCAUCAUCGUUCGCACUGCACCGCGACCAACCGGUCCCGGAGUACAAAGUGCGAGAGACGGAUUCUCAACUCGAGAUCUUCACGUCCAGAUUCCACCUCACGUACAACAAGGAGGACUUCACGCCGUAUGGGCUUUUCGCCAUCGUCGUGGGAGACACGCGCGCGCCGUGGAGAUAUGGAGAGGUCGAUUCGCGGGGUAAUCUGGGCGGGACGGCGAGGACGCUCGAUGAGAUUGACGGGCGCAUCGACAUGGGGUUUGGGAUUCUCUCGGAGAAAGGGUCGGCGUCGUUGGAUGAUUCAGAGUCGUUUUUGUUCGAGAAGGACGGUUUUGUCGGUGCGAGAAAGCCAGGGCCCGGUCGGGUCGACGGCUAUCUGUUCGCCUAUGGCCAUGACUAUCGCGCUGCGGUAAAGGCCAUGUAUGCCAUCUCUGGUUCACCACCUUUGCUUCCAAGAUGGUCGUUAGGGAACUGGUGGAGCAGAUAUUACGAAUACUCGACCGACUCGUAUCUGGCGCUCAUAGAGAAAUUCAGAGAGAGCGAGAUUCCGCUGACGGUGGGAGUCAUCGAUAUGGACUGGCAUUUGGUCGACGACCCUAAAGUGAUUAAAGCCGGACAGACCGGCUGGACAGGCUACACGUGGAACAAAAAGCUCUUUCCGAAUCCCCCAGAAUUUAUCAGUGAAUUACACAAGCGCAAGCUCAAGACGACACUCAACGAACACCCGGCAGAUGGAAUCCACAGCUACGAAGACGUGUACGAGAAAGUCGCGAAGGCGGUCGGACAAUCGCCAACCCAGAUAGGCCACAAGGAGCCAGUGCCAUUCGACAUCGCCGACCGGAAAUUCCUCAAGGCGUACUUCGACGUCCUCUUGAAAUCACUCGAGGACGACGGUGUCGACUUCUGGUGGAUCGACUGGCAGCAAGGUCCAUAUUCACGUGUCAAGGGUAUCGAUCCAUUAUGGAUGCUCAACCACUAUCACUUUCUACACAAUGCGGAGAAGAACCCGGACAAACACCCCUUGAUCUUCUCCCGGUAUGCCGGACCAGGGAGCCACCGCUACCCCGUGGGUUUCUCCGGUGACACGGUCGUGUCGUGGGCGAGUCUGCAUUUCCAACCGGAGUUCACGGCCACGGCAUCGAAUGUGGGAUAUGGCUGGUGGAGCCACGACAUCGGUGGUCAUAUGAUGGGAGUCAGAGACGAAGAGCUACUGGUGCGGUGGACGCAGCUGGGUGUCCUGUCACCAAUCAUGAGACUGCAUUCGACCAAGAGUAGAUGGAUGAGCAAGGAGCCUUGGCAAUUACCCCAGCAUCUGGGGGAUAUUAUGACCGAAUGGUUACGGUUUAGGCACAGAUUGCUGCCGUAUUUACAUACUAUGAACGCCAGGGCGGCGAUUGAUGGUCUGCCGUUGGUGCAGCCGAUGUACUGGGAGUAUCCAAGACGAACGGAGGCAUAUCAGCACAAGAAUCAGUUCCUGUUCGGAAGCGAAUUGCUCGUGAUCCCGAUCACAGCACCCAUGGAUCCCAAUGUACGACUUUCCAAGACCAAGGGCUGGCUUCCUCCGGGAAGAUAUGUCGACUUCUUCACCGGCAUCGCAUAUGAUGGUGAUCGUGAGUUGUGGGUCAGUCGGCCAUUGGACCAGUAUCCUGUGUUCUUGAGAGAAGGAUCGAUCGUACCUCUGGACCACAAUCUCAAGCCGACAAACGGAGGAGAGAAUCCUGAUGGGUUCGAAGUUAUCAUUGCAGUGGGGGCUGAUGGACGGUUCGAAAUCCUGGAGGAGGAGGAUGAAUCGAAAGGUCGUGCUGCGAAGGAUAUUGACUGGCUUAAGACCACUAUUAUCUUCACUCAAGAGACGGGCACUGUGGAGAUCAACCCCGCUAGCAAGGCCUCAGGUACCAGUGAAAAAUCUCGAAACUGGUUGCUGCGCCUUGUAGGCCUAUCCAAAGUCGGCAAGAUUGUUGUUCAAGGUGGCGAACAUGUGAACAGCAGUGAGUCAAAAGUCUCUGAAGUAAGCAACGGCGUCUUGAUCGACAUAGGCAAAGUGGCAGCUGGAGCAAAGGUAACGAUAGACAUUGGCCUCAAGAAUCCGAGGUUGGAUCUAGGCAAAGAUGACACUGUGAACUCGCUGAUCGAACCCAUAAUCAUGAAUGCACAGAUUGGGUAUCCUUUGAAAGACGAGAUCUGGGAGAUUGUCGAUACUAAGAAGGGCACAGCAAACUCGGCGAUAUUAAACCGCCUGCAGACUUUGGACAUGAAUGACGAUUUGAGAAUUGCCCUUGCGGAGUUCCUCGUUGACGAGGUUUAG